UGAGGAGGAAGAGGGUGGAGCAGCCUCCUGGCUCAGGGACUUGGGGAGACAAGGGUUAAAAGGCAGUGCCAGGAGAGCUGGGGCCAGGGUAGCCUCUUCCCGAGAGGCCGCUGCGGUAAGGAGGGAGCUGUCCCUGCAGCCCUGCCCGGGCUGACUCCGCAUGUGUGCAGAGCUGAGUGAACUGUGCCCCUUCUCACCCCGCCCACAGCCCCUGAGGCCAGCAGGCGCGGCCAUGAAGCUGGCAGUGGUGCUGAUCGUCCUGGCUGCAGCCUGGGCCGAGGAGCAGGACAAGGUGGUGCAUGGCGGGCCCUGCGAGAACACGUCACACCCCUACCAGGCGGCGCUCUACACCUCGGGCCACCUGCUCUGCGGCGGCGUCCUCAUCCACCCACAGUGGGUGCUCACGGCGGCCCACUGCAGGAAAGAGAAGCUGCAGGUGUUCCUGGGCAAGCACAACCUCCGGCAGAGGGAGAGUUCCCAAGAGCAGAACUCCGUAGUCCGGACGGUGGUCCACCCGGGUUACAACGCCGCCACCCACGACCAGGACAUCAUGCUGCUCCACCUGGCGCGGCCCGCCCGGCUCUCCGAGCACAUCCAGCCCCUGCCCCUGCAGAGGAACUGCACAGCGGGGCCCAGCAGCUGCCACAUCCUGGGCUGGGGCAAGACAGCUGACGGCAACUUCCCCGAUACCAUCCAGUGUGCCUACAUCCACCUGGUGUCCCGUGACAAGUGCGAGCGCGCCUACCCCGGCCAGAUCACCCGGAACAUGGUGUGCGCGGGCGACGAGAAGUUUGGCAGGGACUCCUGCCAGGGCGACUCCGGAGGCCCACUGGUGUGCGGAGACCGCCUCCGAGGCCUCGUGUCCUGGGGGAAUGUGCCCUGCGGUUCCAAGGAGAAGCCGGGCGUCUACACUGACGUCUGCAGAUACAUCAGCUGGAUCCAAAGAACUAUUUACACCCACGCCCCGCCUCCGCGCCCCGCCCACCGCAUCUCCCCUCCCCCACCAGAGCCUGUUUUUGCAAACGACACCUCCUGCGACAGCCCCUCGGGGAGCGCCCGGGACCGGGGUUCGGGGCCCGGGGAGAGCAGCCGGUCCGAUGGCGGCAGCAGCAGCCGCAUCGUGAACGGGUCGGACUGCGAGCGGGACACACAGCCGUGGCAGGGCGCGCUGCUGCUGGGACCCAACCAGCUGUACUGCGGGGCGGUGCUGGUGGACCCACAGUGGCUGCUCACGGCCGCGCACUGCCGGAAGCCUGUCUUCCGGGUCCGGCUGGGCCACCACUCCAUGUCCCCCGUCUAUGAGUCGGGCCAGCAGAUGCUCAGGGGGAUCAAGUCCAUCCCCCACCCCGGCUACUCCCACCCCGGCCACUCCAAUGACCUCAUGCUCAUCAAGCUGAACCGCAAGGUGCGGGAGAGCCAUAAGAUCAGACCCAUCCGCAUCGCGUCCCACUGUCCCACCGCCGGGACCCGCUGCACCGUGUCGGGCUGGGGCACCACCAGCAAUGCCCAGCACUCCUUCCCCAAGGCCCUGCAGUGCUUGAAUAUCACCGUGCUGAGCGAGGAGCGGUGCAGGGACGCCUACCCCCAGCAGAUAGACUGCAGCAUGUUCUGUGCCGGCGACGAGGAGGGCAGAGACUCCUGCCAGGGUGACUCUGGGGGCCCUGUGGUAUGCGACGGGGCCCUGCAGGGCCUCGUGUCCUGGGGCGACUACCCUUGUGCCCAGCCUAACCGCCCAGGUGUCUACACCAACCUGUGCAACUUCACCAAGUGGAUCCAGGACACCAUUCGCUCCAAUUGACACCUGC